ACCACAAGUAUUUCGCAACAACAUGGCGGACGCAUGGUGGUGAAAGAGAAGGUUAACGUGGAAAAAUAUUGCAAUAUCUUAUCCAACGGCGUAUAACUUUUAUUCCUGGACUUAUCAUAAGUCAAACAGAAAAAAAAUUCUGCUAGCUGUGUCAAGUAAUUCUCGGAAUUUAAGUGUUUUUGUCGAGAAAAUGUCUGAUAAACGGUUUGCACGUGUGGCGAACGAUCCACGCUUCAAGAGAGUCGACCGAAAGCGAAGGAAGGUCAAAAUAGAUUCCAGAUUUGAGCGAAUGUUCAAUGACAAAACUUUUACAACAAAACACUUUGUUGACAAGCGAGGUGCUAUAAUAGGGAAAACAUCGAAAGAAGACUUACAGCAGUUUUAUGAUCUUUCUGAUGAUGACAAAGAGGAAUCACAAGCCAAUAAGCUUAGGGAUUCAAAGAAGAAAUUAAUAUCAAAAACUAAAAAACAAGGCCCAAAAUUAGGAAAGAAGACAAGGACUAAAAAAGGACAAUUAUCAUCAUUGAAUACUUCACUUGAAGAAGAUAUUGACAAUAACAAAAAAAUAAGCAACACUGAUUUUCAAAACCAAAGAACUAUGGAAUCUAGUGAUGAUGAAGAUGAGACAAGUGGGGAAGAUGAAGAAAGUGGAAAUAAAGCAGCAGUUGAUUUAGCAAGAGGUGAAGGAAAUAUAGCAUCAUCAUCAUCUGAUGAUGAAGAUGAUGAUGAGGAUGGAAAUGAUAUUCACAAAGCGGAAAGCAGUAACUAUAAACAAGAUGCUUUACAAGACAAUGUUGACAAGAGUCACAGUUAUGAUACAGAUACAGAUGACGAAGAUGAUUUUCAGGAUGAUGAAUUAGAACACCAAUGGGCAGAGCUUGAUAGCAAUAUUCAUAGAAGUAGUAAUGUAACAAGCAGACUUGCUGUGUGUAACUUGGACUGGGAUAAAAUCACAGCCACAGACCUGUUUGUUCUCUUUAGUUCAAUCAAAGGUGUAGUUAAAUCAGUCAAGAUUUACCCAUCAGAAUAUGGUUUAGAGAGAUUGAAAAAUGAAGAAUGCUAUGGUCCAGAAGAACUAAGAGAACAAGAAGAUGUUAUUGAUGAUAAUAAUGUUGAGGGAUCAAGUUUUUCAAGGGAAAAGCUACGUCAAUAUCAGAUCAAUCGCCUCAAGUAUUACUAUGCAGUAGUGGAAUGCGACUCUGCAGAAACAAGUAACCAUGUAUAUGAAGAGUUUGAUGGUGCAGAGUUUGAAUUGAGUGGUAAUCUUAUGGACCUCAGGUUCAUACCUGAUGACAUGGAGUUUGAACAUGAACCAACAUCUGUUGCAACUGAAAUGCCAACACUGGCAACUUACAAACCACCAGAAUUUGAGACAACAGCACUGCACCAAACCAAUGUGAAACUGACAUGGGAUGAGACUGACUCGAAUAGACUUAAGGCCACCAUGAAGUCGUUUAGUAAAGAUGAUAUUCAAGAGAUGGACUUCCAGGCUUAUUUGGCUUCCUCUGACGACGAGGGGGAAGAAUUUCCGGGUGUUGUUGGUGACGAAGAUGAAGAUAGCCAUUCUGAAGAUGAAGAAGAAAAGAUUGCAAAAUACAAGAAACUUGUCCAAGAGAUUGAUUCCAAAGAACACGAAGAUGAUCAUGAUAAUGAAAUGGAGAUCACGUGGGAGCCAGGCUUGAAGGAAUCUGCUUUGGACCUCGUGGCGAAGAAAAGAGCGGAGAAAGAGGAGAAAAAUCUAACAGCAUGGGAAAAAUACCUCAACAAUAAGAAGGAGAAAAGAAAAGAGAGACGCAAGAAGGAACUACUGAAGAAUGAAGUCUCGCAAGAAGAAGAUGAAGACGACACUCCAGAAGGUGUGGAUAUGUCAGACCCGUUCUUUAACCAGGACUUUGGACCAGACUUCCCUAUUAAUAACAAUGAACGAGUCAAAACUAAAGCUGGGGCAAAAAGGAAAAGAAAGAAACAAACCACAGAAACUGAGGAAGAUAAGAAACGAAAGGAGGAGCUCGAGUUGCUACUGAUGGACGGGAAGGAAGAACCACAGCAUUUUAGCUUGAAAGGAAUCUUAGAAAACGAGAAAAAGAAAAAGAAACGAAAGAAAAGACGAAAAGAACAACAGACCGCAGAAGAUCAUUUCAAAGUCAAUGUUGAAGAUCCUCGUUUUUCUGCUCUUUUCUCGUCUCAUCUUUAUGCAAUCGAUCCUUCAGAUCCACAGUUCAAAAAAACCAAGGCUAUGGAUACCAUUUUUGACGAGCGACAACGAAGAAGACAAGAGAAAAAACAAGUUACUGAAGAAUUAACUCAGAAUAAUAAGGCAUCCAAAUACACCGAAGGUGAAAAAACUAAUAUCGAUCCAAGUUUGUCUCUGCUCGUUAAGUCAGUCAAGUCGAAGACAGGAGAAUUCAACCAGCGAAGAAAGAAACAAAAAACUGUAUAACUAAAUAGUUCACGUUUUUAUUACUUAAACAUAACUUAGGAUAUUUCUUAAAUAUCUACAUUGCAAUUAAAAAAAAAAUUAUAUUAUUAUGAA